AUGACAGCCGGAACAGUGGUCAUCACAGGUGGAAUCUUAGCUGCAGUCAUCUUAUUGACAAUCGUCACAGUACUAUGUUACUGUAGGCUGCAGUAUUACUGCUGUAGGAAGGAAGAGUCAGAGGGGGAGGUGGAGGAAACUGAACUAAACAAGUCCACUCUGAGUCUUCAAGGACCUCUGCCAGACUAUGCAUCCUCCAACCAGCUUCUGAUGACCACAGAACCUUACGAGCCCAAUGGAUUGGACGUUUAUUCCCCACCGCUGAUCCGCAAGCCAACACGCUCUUACACCUUCUUUCCCUCUUGCUCAGGAAUUCUGCCCUUCUAUCUGCCACAUCAUGAUGGACUCCGAAAUGGAGGCAGGAGAAUCAGCUACAGUACGGUCCAACAGGAGGAGCUGAAUCUACCCCAUUUGAACACAUCUAGCUUUCACAAGCUCAAUAUGAUCCGGUCUGUCACCAUGCGGGAGGUUGUGACUCACCACAGAAUCAGCACUGAUGUGUAG